UCUUGCGUGUGUUGCAAUCACAUCGUCAAUAAAGAGCAUAAAAACGUGUUUUCGUUGGGUAAUUUGAGGUGGCAUUAGGACCCGGAUGCCUCGUUUCCAGACAGCGGACACCGGUUGAUGAAUCGGUCCACUGUGCAUCUUCUCACCUGACGAGGACCGAACCUUCUCCCUGGUGUCACUCACACACCGAGCGAUCGGAGCGCAGCAAAGCCGAGCGAGGAGCGCUUUGUUCGGUGUGAAAAAAAAGAACCCUCGCACUCCCCGACGCCCUCGUGUCGCCUUCUCAGCCAUGAGCCAGAGGUUCACCGUCUCCAAGAGCGACGAUGUCGGGCUCCCCGCGGACAUCCAGGGGGAAGUGAACCUGCUCUUCGAAGGCGAGGGCGAGGGCGACAAGCAUCCGAGCGGAGCCGAGUCGGAGGACGAUGCAGCUGGGGCCGAAGGAGCCAAUUCGGCGGCGGUGGGGACGGAGGCGUGGACGUCCGCGGUGGUGACUCUGAAAGGUGACAAUAACCCCAAGGAGAGCAGCCCGUUUAUCAACAGCAGCGACGCGGCGGCGGAGAAGAGCCAGCAGUAUGAUGGCAAGAACAUGGCCCUGUUUGAGGAGGAAAUGGACACCAGUCCGAUGGUGUCGUCUCUGCUCAGUAGCCUGGCCAACUAUUCCAACCUGCCGCAAGGGAGCAAGGAGCAUGAGGAGGCAGAGAACAAUGAAGCUGAGUCAUCCCGCAAGAAACCAGUCAAGGCCCCCCAGCUCGGCACGCUGAUGGGCGUCUACCUGCCCUGCAUCCAGAACAUCUUUGGCGUCAUCCUUUUUCUCAGGAUGACCUGGCUCGUUGGCAUCGGUGGAAUCAUCGGUACCUUCAUAAUCGUCUUCAUGUGCUGCACCACCACCAUGCUGACUGCCAUCUCCAUGAGCGCCAUCGCCACGAAUGGAGUCGUGCCAGCUGGAGGCUCGUACUACAUGAUAUCCCGUUCGCUGGGCCCCGAAUUUGGGGGCGCGGUGGGGAUCUGCUUCUACCUGGGGACCACCUAUGCCGGAGCCAUGUACAUCCUGGGUGCCAUCGAGUUGCUCCUGAUCUACAUUGUGCCCAAGGCGGCCAUUUUCCCACUGGAGGGCCUGGAAGGCGCAGAGGCGGAAGCGGCUCUGCUCAACAACAUGCGUGUGUACGGCACCAUCCUGCUCACCUCCAUGGCCACCGUGGUGUUUGUCGGCGUCAAAUACGUCAAUAAGUUGGCUUUGGUCUUCCUGGCCUGCGUCAUUCUCUCCAUCCUGGCCGUCUAUGCCGGUGUCAUCAAGACGGGGGUUGAGCCUCCCGACUUCCCAGUUUGUUUGCUCGGCAACCGCACGUUGGUGUGGAAAACGUUUGACGUGUGCGCCAAGACGGUGGAGACGGCCAACGGGACGGUGACCACGCAGCUGUGGAACAUGUUCUGCGACUCAUCUUUGCUCAACGCUACCUGCGACAAAUACUUUGUCGCCAACAAUGUGACACAGAUCCAAGGCAUCCCCGGAGUGACCAGCGGCAUCUGGACAGAGAACCUGUUUGGUACCUAUUACGAGAAAGGGGACCUGAUUGCGCGGGUCAACAUGGAGUCUGCCGAGGAGCUGGAUGACCCUCUGACCAACGCCAACCGCUACGUGCUGGCCGACAUCACCAGCUUCUUCACAUUGCUGGUUGGCAUCUACUUCCCUUCGGUGACAGGAAUCAUGGCCGGCUCCAACCGCUCCGGUGAUCUGCGCGAUGCUCAGAAGUCCAUCCCGGUGGGAACCAUCGCCGCUAUCACCACCACCUCCUUUGUCUAUAUGUCCAGCGUCAUUCUCUUCGGUGCCUGCAUUGACGGCGUGGUCCUCCGAGAUAAGUUUGGGGAAGGGGUGCACGGGAACUUGGUUAUCGGCACAUUGGCAUGGCCAUCGCCAUGGGUGAUCGUGAUCGGCUCCUUCUUCUCCACCUGCGGAGCCGGACUGCAGAGCCUGACGGGGGCGCCGCGUCUGCUGCAGGCCAUCGCCAAAGAUGGAAUCGUACCCGCGCUACGGAUCUUUGGACAUGGGAAGGCCAACGGGGAGCCCACGUGGUCCUUGCUGCUGACCGCAUUCAUCUGCGAGAGCGGCAUCCUCAUCGCCUCCCUGGACUCAGUGGCUCCUAUCUUGUCCAUGUUUUUCCUGAUGUGCUACAUGUUCGUGAACCUGGCUUGCGCCUUACAGACUCUCCUGCGAACCCCCAACUGGAGGCCUCGCUUUAAGUUCUACCACUGGACUCUGUCCUUCCUGGGGAUGAGCUUGUGUCUCACACUCAUGUUCCUGUGCUCCUGGUACUAUGCUAUUGUUGCCAUGGUGAUUGCCGGCUCCAUCUACAAGUAUAUUGAGUUUGCAGGUGCGGAGAAGGAGUGGGGUGACGGCAUUCGAGGUCUGUCCCUGAGCGCUGCACGUUAUGCUCUUAUGCGUCUGGAGGAAGGUCCUCCCCACACCAAGAACUGGAGGCCUCAGCUGCUGGUGCUGGUGAGCAUGGAUGCUGAGCAGAAUGUGGAGCAACCCAGGUUGCUUUCUCUGACCAACCAACUGAAGGCAGGCAAGGGCCUGACCAUCGUGGGCACGGCCCUGGUGGGCACCUACCUGGACAACUAUGAACACACUCAGAGGGCCGAGCAGGCGCUACGUAAACUGAUGGAGACAGAGAAGGUGAAGGGCUUCUGUCAGGUGACGGUCUCGUCCAACUUGCGGGAUGCCACUUCCCACCUGCUCCAGGCCAGCGGCCUGGGCGGCCUCAAGCACAACGCCAUGCUGGUGUCAUGGCCACGCAACUGGAAACAAGGCGACGAGCACCAGACCUGGAGGAAUUUUGUCGAGUUGGUGCGAGAAACCACUGCAGCUCACCUGGCCUUGCUCGUACCCAAAAACAUCGCAGCCUUCCCGUCCAACGGCGAGCGCUUUACCGAGGGUCACAUCGAUGUGUGGUGGAUCGUCCAUGAUGGAGGCAUGCUGAUGCUGCUGCCCUUCCUCCUGCGCCAACACAAGGUUUGGAGGAAGUGCAAGAUGCGCAUCUUCACCGUAGCCCAGAUGGACGACAACAGCAUCCAGAUGAAAAAGGACCUGACUACCUUCCUCUAUCAUCUCCGUAUCGACGCCAUGGUGGAAGUGGUGGAAAUGCACGACAGUGACAUCUCAGCAUACACCUACGAGAAGACCCUGGUGAUGGAACAACGCUCACAGAUGCUGAAGCAGAUCAACCUGACCAAGAACGAGCGUGAGAGGGAGAUCCAGAGCAUCACUGACUCAUCCCGCGGCUCCAUUCGGCGCAAGAACCCUGCGUCUGUCACCACCCAGCUGAGUGUGAGCGAAGAACCGCCAGCGGCCGGUAAAGAGGAAAAGCCGGAGGAGGAGUCAAAGUCGGCCUCUCCCCCUGUGCCCACCCCUGCCCAGGUGCAGCUCAUUCACGAGAACACCACCCCGACCAGCCCCGCCACCCCGGCGGCCCCAGCAGCCUCGGCCGAGUCGGCCCAGAGCCCCGGGGAGCAGGUUCAGAUGACCUGGACGGAGAAGUGCGAUGGGGACGCCAGCAAGUCCGCCGCCGCUGCCACACCGUGCGGCAUCAAGGACAUCUUCAACAUGAAGCCUGAAUGGGAGAACCUGAACCAGUCCAACGUGCGACGUAUGCACACGGCGCUGCGACUUAACGAAGCCAUCAUCAAGAAGUCCUCCGAGGCCAAGCUGGUCCUGCUCAACAUGCCCGGGCCACCUAAGAACCGGACAGGUGAUGAGAACUACAUGGAGUUCCUUGAGGUCCUCACUGAAGGUCUCAACCGAGUCCUUCUUGUCCGCGGAGGCGGACGCGAGGUCAUCACCAUCUACUCCUGAAAAAGCAGAGCCCCACCCCCUCCCAUCCCGCUUCCCUCCAACCUGACCAUUACCGAUCCCCUUCACCGCCCAUCAGCCCUGCUCCUGUGUCAUCCGUCUCACCCAACUCACUCAAAUGCAGCUUCAUCUUCAUGUCGCCCUCACUGUUUAAUGGCGUAUCAUAGCCGACAGGCAGCUCGACUCGGCUUCAGCGCCCUGACGAGCAGAAUCACGCCGGGUCAAGCUGUAGACUGUUUUAGUCGCCAAACCUCGAUUGGUUCAGUCUUGGUUCACUGAGCCUGGCGUCGGCCGUUGGGAGCGUUUGCCGAGCCGCCGUUGCGAAUGCAUGCAAACUUGUGUUUUCCGUUUGAAUCUGUGUCGUUUGCUAACCCAAAUUGUGGGGGGGGAAAGGCAAAGAAGAUGCUUAAAAACGAGUCCCGUUGUCAGGACCCUAGACUGCCGCUAAGACCACCACCAGCCAGGAAAGAGGUUUUCACAUACGAAUUGUGAAAUCCACGCCGGCCGCUUUAGUGCUUGUGGCCGUCCUUGUCUUUCUUCAGUGGCUGUUUGCCCCCCGCCCCCCCCCUCUCCGUUACCACAUGAUGUGCCAAAAACACAAAAAAAGAGGAAAAUAAAUGUCAUUUGUUUCCUCCAUUUUCAGUAGCUGAAAAUCCAAAAAUUAAACAUCGAUGAGUUUUUUUGUUUGUUUGACACACAAAAAAAAAAAGACUCAUUUAUUAGACCAUAAUCCGGGUGAUUAUAAAUUGAAAACAAGGGGAAGCUUAUCUUCUGUGUCAGAUGAAAUACAUUUAGUCAAUUGCAAGAGCGCUUCAGACACAUUUGACUGAUGGAUCGCGGUCACAGUCCAGGUUGAUUGUGUUGCUUGCAAGGCAUUUUCUUCCCCGUUUUUUUUUUUUUUUUUGGGUGUGUGUGUUGUGUGUUUUUCAGAUUAGAAAACAAAUUAAAUAAUCCGUCCCUUUUUUGUGUUCCCAGUGCCAAUUAAAUGGUACACGGAUCGAAAGAGACAAACAAGGAUAUCCUUGCUUGCACACAAACUGUGAAUAGCAUGUUAGCAGCAGGCUAGCGUCACGACGACGAAUCACGGGGCGGGGGUAAACGCUCACGACCAGCAGCCCUUUGUGUGGAUCCCUGUAAAUAAUGUACAAGCUCCGCGCUUCGUUGGGUAUGAGUGUCGUAACUUUGACAUAUUCCAAGAAAGAAAAAAAAGAACAAAAGGAGGCUAAACAGUCCUUCGCUCAGAGGGAGCCCUUGGAAACGGUGGUUUUAAAUGUCUAUUUAUUUAUUUAUGGUAUUGCCUCCACACGCACUGCACCUCCACCGUUCAUGCAAAAGUGGUAUUUUUUCAUCUAGAGAACAAAAAAAAACGUAUUUAUGUUUAUAGACAGAGCUUAUCGACAGAGUACGUCAUUCACUCGACUACAUGUUUUGUGUCGUGGUCUGCCAAAUUUGUAUGUAUAUAUUAUAUGUGCCAUAUGAUUUACAGAGUCAAAUUCUAUUUAAUCGGAGAACAAGUCUGCUGACUUUCUUUCAAAAGAAAAUAAGGAAAAGAGCUCUGUGUGAAUUUUAAAGUGUGAGCUUGGAAAGUAGAUGACCGCAUGUCAUCUUUUCUCAAACGGGCUGACGAGAAGACAGCGGCUUCUGUAGCAAGGAAACCCACUUUGUCCACAAGAGAGAAUUCUAUGCAGUAGACUCACCAGUGACAUUUUAUAUACAGAAAUAUAUACAGUACAUAUUUAAUAUAUAUGUAUACACAAGCAUACAGUACUGCGCGCAAGUCUUAAGCCACCACUAGCUCGGUUGUUUUCUCCACCUUUUUUGACAGUAAAGUGGUGAAAUAAGCAUGAGCAUUUAUCCACCUUUAGAUUUCACGCAGAACCUCACGGGAGCAGGAUAUUGCUGCAACUGUGUGCGCUUUGCGCAGGGGGACAACCUACAACAAACCAGAUGUGGGAGAUGUGAUGUUUUCUCAAGUUCCUAUUCACGUGUACUGUUACGGCUCGAGAACUACUUCCGAAGGGAGGAAAUUGCAGCUGUUUAACCCUUUCAUGAACCAGUCAUGGUAACCUUUAACCUGAUCAUGAUAAGCUGUCCACCGUGGUAACCGCUGGCCCUCAAGGGGUUAACUUUGCUCCCUCAUUCUGUUUAUCAGUGGUCCCACUGUCAUGACCAACAGUCAAAACGAUGUUCAUCAAAAACAAGGCAAAGUAUUUAGUCCUAAAAAGCAUACUCAAGCCACUGUGAUCUAAGUGGGGAGAGUCUGCUGUCUCAACAUUAACACAGAUGUUAAAUAGAGGAAGUUCAAAACAAAAGAAAAUAAUUUCAAAUGUGAUUCAGUAAAAAUGUAUUGCACAAAAAGUUGAAGGCAAAGUGUAGCAUAAAUGUCGGAAAACAAAUCGCCCUUGAACUGCAACUGUAUUGUCCCUAAGUUAAAUACAACUGAACUGUACUGAAGAAAUGUGCUGUACUGGAUUAAAAAAAAAUUGAAAGCUGAAGUUUAAGCAUAUGUAAAGUUCACUGAUGAAGCAAAUUUUCCAAGAGAAAUCAGAAAUUGCCCUUCCCCACAAACCAGGAAGUAGCCCCAUUGACAAAACGUACACCAACUUUUUUUCAUCUAUUUU